AUGAACGAAAAUCUAUUUUCCUCUUUUAUUACCCCUGUAAUAAUAGGACUUCCUAUUGUUAUCGUUAUCGUGAUAUUUCCGAGUAUCAUGUUUCCCUCACCUAAUCGACUAAUCAACAACCGACUCAUCUCUAUUCAACAAUGAUUAGUACAACUGACAUCAAAACAAAUGCUAGCCAUCCACAACCAAAAAGGACAAACCUGAGCAUUAAUGCUAAUAUCUCUUAUUCUGUUCAUUGGUUCUACCAACCUAUUAGGCCUCCUACCCCACUCAUUUACUCCCACUACUCAACUAUCCCUAAAUCUGGGGAUGGCCAUCCCCUUAUGAGCAGGUACAGUGAUCACUGGUUUCCGGUAUAAAACAAAAGCCUCUCUAGCCCACUUCUUACCACAAGGGACACCCCUCCCCCUAAUCCCCAUACUUAUUAUCAUCGAAACUAUCAGCCUAUUUAUCCAACCCAUAGCCCUAGCCGUACGACUAACAGCUAACAUUACCGCAGGUCACCUAUUAAUUCACCUAAUCGGAGGAGCUACCCUGGCUUUAAUAAACAUUAGUGCCGCCACGGCAAUAGUAACUUUUAUAAUCCUUAUCCUUCUAACCAUCCUAGAAUUUGCAGUAGCCCUUAUCCAAGCCUAUGUUUUCACCCUACUGGUAAGCCUAUACCUACACGAUAAUACCUAA